CAAAUAUUCUGUUCCAUUCAGUCACUGGAUCGAUGGUACAAACCAAAAGCAGGACCCAAUUCCUUGAUUCCUCAUCUCGUACUGCAAUUCAUUUUUCCUCCAAGUUCUUGAUGUCAGAAUAGUUUUAGCUCUACAAAAAGGGGAAAAAAAAACUUGCUUCCGCUGAUGAAGCAAAUAAAUACCGUAUUUGAUGCCAAACACUAGUAGUUUAUUGCUACACUUGAGGGUGUAAUCCAGAUGGGGUUUUCCUUAACCGGCCUUGCUCCCACCAAUUGUCAUACCUCUCUCGGAAUUUCUUAUCAAAUAACUCGAAAAUUUCUGCUUUUUAAUGGGAAAGAGAGAGGCACAGUAGGUUUUAAGUCAUCAGAGCUUAAGCCUAAACCGAGAAAUUUGGUUCCCUGCAAGCUUGAGUACAUCGAUUUUGAUGCAAGAACCAGCCCGACGGAGGUGAAGAAAGAAAUUGAGGAAUGCUACAAACUCAUACACAGGCUAGGCAGAGGUGUUGCAUACUUGGGUUCUUCAAGGAUGGGACCUAACCACCCUCAUUAUACGCAAGCAUUUGAGUUGGGUAGAGAGAUUGCAGGGCUCUUAGAUUGUACAUCCUGGUCAGGGGCUGGACCAGGGCUCAUGGAUGCUGCCACACAAGGAGCUCUGCAAGCUGGAAAACCAGUAGGUGGAUUCAAAAUAGGAAAAGAAGCUGGAGAAUGGACGGCUACAAACUUUCACCCGUACUUGCCAUCGGAAGCAUAUCUUACAUGCAGGUUCUUUUCGGCAAGAAAGCAUGGGUUAGUGGAUGCUGUUGUCAGAGCUAGUGGUUCUGAUAAGACAGCCGUCGUUGCCCUUCCUGGCGGUGUUGGAACUCUGGACGAAAUAUUUGAGAUCAUGGCGUUAAUUCAACUCGAAAGAAUUGGAUCAUCGCUUCGGGUGCCCUUUCUUUUAAUGAACUAUGAUUCCUUUUAUGAGAAGCUGCUGGAAUUUCUUGACAAUUGUGAGGAAUGGGGAACUCUCUCAAAGGGUGAGGUUUCCUCACUGUGGAAAGUAUGCGGCAACAACACAGAAGCCUUGAGCUAUUUGGCGCAUUUCUAUGGCCUUUCUUUAUUGUGAUAAAGCCAUAAAGAGGGGAGCCUAAAUCACAAACUGAAUGUGGAUCUGUUUCUUGAUUCUUUUAGGUGGUUGCUUUGACCCUCAAAUCUUGACUACACAGAUAGUCAUUUUUUU